UCCUCCUCUUUCUUCUUCACCUCCUCUUCCUCCUCCUUCUCCUCAUCCUCCUCCUCAUCAUCAACAUCAAUAACAACAACCUUCUUCUCCUUCUCCCCCUCCGCCUCACCCUCAUCCUCCUUUUUCUAUCCCUCAUCCUCCUUCUCCUCCUCCUCCUCCUCUUCAUCAUCAUCACCAUCAACAACAACCUUCUUCUCCUUCUCUUUCUCCUCCUUCUCCUCCUCUCCAAUUAUCAGCAUCCUCCCCGUUAUCCUCAUUCUCCUAUUAUUCUCUUUCUCCGCAACAUCAUUCUUCUUAAUCAUCAUCAGUACUGACUUUCCCAACCCCAACAUCAACCUCAGCCUCGCAGCCAUCCUCAUUUUGACAUAA